CUUCACUUCCCGCUCGCCGGUCUGGAGGCGGCGGGGCCGGCGCGGGCGCAGGGCUGCGGGCGCUCGGCUGGCGCGCGGGGCGGGGACGCGGCCGCCGCCCGCUUUGCGCCGCUCCUCCCCGCGCGAGUGGCGCUCGGCCCGGCGUCGAGGCGGCCAUGGCGACCCUGAGCCCGCUCCCCACCCACCCCGCCUGCUCCGCCCUCCCCUCCUCCCCGCGCCACCUUUGAUGGCUCGGACCUCGGCCGGCCACCGCCAGCCCCGCUCGCGCGUCCGCGCCGCCGCCGCCGCCCCCGCCGCCCGCGGGUAUUAAUAGCCGAGCGUCCCCGCCGCACGCGCAGCCGGAGCCGCCGCGCCCUCGGCCGCCGGGAACUCGGAGCUGCGGAGCCCGGAGGCCGGGAGUGGGAGCCGGAGCCGCCUGCGCCGUGGAGGUAGGAGGCGCGCGGCGAACAAUGAUCCCGGCGGACUGGCGGCAACUUGUGCGAGUCGGGCGCCCGAAGCCGACCGACCGGGGCGCGGGUGGAGGUAUCAUAUAAUCUGCUCUCAUCAUGGGAGAAAUAGAGCAGAGGCCAACUCCAGGAUCGAGACUGGGGGCCCCGGAGAAUUCGGGGAUCAGUACCUUGGAACAUGGACAGAAGCCUCCCCCCACGCCUUCAGGAAAACUCAUGUCCGUCAGAAUCCAGAUGUUGGAUGACACCCAGGAGGCCUUUGAAGUUCCGCAAAGAGCCCCCGGGAGAGCGCUGCUGGAUGCGGUGUGCAGCCGCCUCAACCUCGUGGAAGGAGACUAUUUUGGCCUCGAGUUUCCCGACCACAAGAAGAUCACGGUGUGGCUGGAUCUCUUAAAACCUAUUGUCAAGCAGAUUAGAAGGCCAAAGCAUGUCGUUGUUAAGUUUGUGGUGAAAUUCUUUCCACCUGACCACACACAACUCCAAGAAGAACUCACAAGGUACCUAUUUGCUCUGCAGGUGAAGCAGGACCUGGCUCAAGGCAGGCUGACGUGUAGUGACACCAGCGCUGCCCUCUUGAUCUCACACAUUGUGCAAUCUGAGAUUGGGGAUUUUGAUGAAGCAUCGGACAGAGAGCAUUUAGCAAAAAAUAAGUACAUACCUCAGCAAGAUGCAUUAGAAGACAAAAUUGUGGAAUUCCACCAUAACCACAUUGGACAAACACCAGCAGAAUCGGAUUUCCAGCUCCUGGAGAUCGCCCGCAGGCUGGAGAUGUACGGCAUCCGAUUGCACCCAGCUAAGGACCGGGAAGGCACUAAGAUCAACCUGGCUGUGGCCAACACGGGGAUUCUAGUGUUUCAGGGUUUUACGAAGAUCAAUGCCUUCAACUGGGCAAAGGUGCGGAAGCUGAGCUUCAAGAGGAAGCGCUUUCUCAUCAAGCUCCGCCCAGAUGUGAACAGCUCAUACCAGGAUACCUUGGAAUUCCUAAUGGCCAGUCGGGAUUUUUGCAAAUCCUUCUGGAAAAUCUGUGUUGAACAUCAUGCCUUUUUUAGACUUUUUGAAGAGCCCAAACCAAAGCCAAAGCCUGUUCUCUUUAGCCGAGGGUCAUCGUUUCGGUUCAGUGGCCGGACUCAGAAGCAGGUUCUCGACUAUGUUAAAGAAGGAGGACAUAAGAAGGUGCAGUUUGAAAGAUGGAGACGUGGCAGCUCAAAGAUGUUGAGUAACUCGCCCAGGUCUCAGAGCUGGAAACACAGCAAGAUUCAUUCCAUCGGAAGCCUUGCUACGCAGCCUACAGAGCCGAACUCAGAAGUGCCAAAACAAGCUCAGCAGAGUGCCAGCCUUACCUUUGGAGAAGGUGCUGCAUCCCCGGGCGGCCAGAGCUGCCAGCCGGGAAGGGACCCGACCGCUUCGGCCGAGGAGCGCGGGCCACAGCGCAACCCCACUCCGCAGAGGAGCCCGGCGGGGAGCACGAAGGCAGACGGGGCCGGCAGGGCGGAGACGGAGGAAGAGGAGGAGGUCGUUACGGACAGGACCCAGCAGAGUAGACCUCGGCCCCCGCAGCCAAGCACAGGCUCCCUGACUGGCAGCCCUCACCUGUCAGAGCUGUCCAUCAACUCGCAGGGCGGAGCCACCAACACCGUCCUGUCGCCCAACCUGAGCCCCGACGCCAAGCAGGCCUCCCCCUUGGUCAGCCCGCUGCUGAAUGACCAGGUGGGCCCUCGGACUGACGACGAGGACGACGGCCGGAGAAAGAGAUUCCCAACUGACAAAGCGUACUUCAUCGCUAAGGAAGUCUCCACCACUGAGAGAACGUUCCUGAAGGAUCUUGAAGUCAUCACUUCGUGGUUUCAGAGCACAGUAAGCAAAGAGGACUCCAUGCCCGAAACCUUGAAAAGUCUCAUUUUCCCGAAUUUUGAACCUUUGCACAAAUUUCAUACAAAUUUUCUCAAGGAAAUUGAGCAACGACUCGCCCUGUGGGAAGGCCGCUCGAAUGCUCACAUCAGAGGAGAUUACCAGAGAAUUGGAGAUGUGAUGCUGAAGAACAUUCAGGGCAUGAAGCAACUGGCGACGCAUCUGUGGAAGCACAGCGAGGCUCUGGAGGCGCUGGAGACCGGCAUCCGGGGCUCCCGGCGGCUGGAGAGCUUGUGCCGAGACUUCGAGCUGCAGAAGGUGUGCUACCUGUCGCUCAACACCUUCCUCCUGCGCCCGCUGCACCGGCUCAUGCACUACAAGCAGGUCCUAGAGCGGCUGUGCAAGCACCACCCGCCCAGCCACGCCGACUUCAGGGACUGCCGAGCUGCUUUGGCAGAGAUCACAGAAAUGGUGGCCCAGCUUCACGGUACAAUGAUCAAGAUGGAGAAUUUCCAGAAGCUGCAUGAACUCAAGAAAGAUUUGAUUGGCGUUGACAAUCUUGUGAUUCCAGGAAGGGAAUUCAUCCGCCUGGGCAGCCUCAGCAAGCUCUCCGGGAAGGGGCUCCAGCAGCGCAUGUUCUUCCUGUUCAACGACGUCUUGCUGUACACGAGCAGGGGGCUGACAGCCUCGAAUCAGUUUAAAGUUCACGGGCAGCUCCCGCUCUACGGCAUGACCAUGGAGGAAAGUGAGGGCGAGUGGGGCGUGCCCCACUGCCUCACCCUGCGGGGCCAGCGCCAGUCCAUCGUCGUGGCUGCCAGUUCUCGGUCCGAGAUGGAAAAGUGGGUGGAGGACAUACAGAUGGCCAUUGACUUGGCCGAGAAAAGCAGCGGCCCCGCCCCCGAGUUCCUGGCCAGCAGCCCUCCUGACAGCAAGUCCCCGGAGGAGGCGGCGGGCGACCAGGAGUCGGAGGACGACCUCAGCGCCUCGCGCACCUCGUUGGAGCGCCAGGCCCCGCACCGCGGCAACACCAUGGUGCACGUGUGCUGGCACCGCAACACCAGCGUCUCCAUGGUGGACUUCAGCGUCGCCGUGGAGAAUCAGCUGUCUGGGAACCUGCUGAGGAAAUUCAAAAACAGCAAUGGAUGGCAGAAGCUGUGGGUAGUCUUCACAAACUUCUGCCUGUUCUUCUACAAGUCGCACCAGGACAGUCACCCCCUCGCCAGCCUGCCUCUGCUUGGGUACUCGCUCACCAUUCCCUCCGAGUCCGAGGACAUCCACAAGGACUACGUGUUCAAGCUGCAUUUCAAGUCCCACGUGUACUACUUCAGGGCUGAAAGUGAAUACACGUUUGAAAGAUGGAUGGAGGUGAUCCGAAGUGCCACCAGCUCGGCCUCCCGUGCCCACGUUCUGAGUCACAAAGAAUCUCACGUGUAUUGAUGGCAGGACGGGACACAUGUGUUGAUUGUUUCAGCAGUGGCGACUUUCCCUGAAGACAUUUUCUUUCUUCUGUAUUAAUGAAGCCUAGUAAAAUUAACACCUGUCUGUCUGGAAAACAAAAUACAUGGUUUCACAGCGACUCUCAUCUGUCUCCACAGAACCAUUUUAAACCUUGUCUUUGCAGCUGUUAAUUUCUCAUCGGAACGGGACCGCACCCCUGCCGUCAUGCCCUCGGUGGGCUGUCUUCAGCUUGUGCCAGUAUUAAAACAUUGUCACGGA